AUGAGUCGAGAUAAGGACAGGAAGAAAGGCUUCUGGAGGACCCUUUUCCGCACAAAGUCAACAGCAGCCCGCAACGGCCACGGCGGCGGCGGCGGCGGUGCCUUCUCGGACACUGAGGACAAUGGGGUUGUCCAGGGCGAGAGGCUGAAGCUGCGGCCGCGCAGGGCAAGUGAGGGUGACAACCUGCGCCAGAAGGCCAACCCAUCGAAGCACUUCGAGCCCGCCAACGGCUCUCAACCCCAUGCUCAGUCACGGAAUCGGCUCAAGCGCCCCGUCUCAGACCCUCCUCCGCCAAAGGGCAAAGGACGGCAAUUGCCGAAUGGGAAUGGGCCCUACAGCCCGCCCUAUACCCUGACCGAAUGGCCACCCUCCGGGUGCGCCAGCGACGAGGAGCUCAAUCUCGGCCACGCCAUGGAGCUCAUAUGUCGGGGCGUUCCUGCCCACAGAGGCGUCAAGAGGCCAAUACCGCAUCUCGCAGAUCAGUUCUUCUCGACCUACGCCACCACAGCCGGCAACAGAGGCGAUGCUACCGACGGCGUGAACCAGCACGACUCCAUGACCCAGCUCAUGACCAUGAGGCUGCAAGGGCCAGGACCUGCCACAUAUCCCUGGGAGACCAUAGAACAGCCCAGUUUCUCUUUCCAUUUUGGCGAACGGCCUGGCACGGUCACGUUGAAUCAAUGGGCGUCCACUGCGAGCGCGUACCCGCCGGCGCUCAACAUACGCGAUUCCGGUGUGCAGCCCCGCGACGUGGACCUGGUCCGCAUAUUCGGGAGGCUGAGAGAUCUGGAGGGUGGCCUUGAGGACGACGACCUGGAGUACAUGUACAAGAAUCUCUACAGGAAGCUUCUGAAGGACCCCGACCGAAUGCUCAGCCCGCACAAGACACUCGACAAACAAAUCACCGAUCUCAUCCUCGUUCUCUCCCGGCCCGACCACUGGAUCGACUUCUCAAACCCCAAAAAUCACAUCAUUACCAGAUUCAUCUUCGACACAGGACACGCGAACCAUGACCAAUACGUCAAGUUUUUCCACCAGCUUCUUCUUAGCAUGGAGCUGGAUCUGAGGAUACAUUCCAGGCAGCAUACAGAGUGGGCCAAGGAGAAACUCCUUGAGCAGCUCCCUCCUACUAUUCGAUGGAAUCUCGCCCUUUCAAGGAGAUGGCGGGACAACGUGAGGAUAGAGGCAUAUGGGAACACGGGAGAUCAAGUCAAAUUGCGCUUCAAACUCAAGCGGCGGCAGGUGAAGAUGAUCAAGCGUUUCGCGCAGAUGAUGAAGUGGCCCAACCUUGCCGAGACCCUCGCAGCGUUGAGGCAAGGAGAUCAGGCUGCAAACCUCGAUGCCGUCAGCUCCCAUGCCAUGGCCUUCUUCAGCGGCUUGGUGCUACCCGGGCCCACCUUCCCCUUCAUCAUGAUGAAUGCUUUGAUCGAUAUCGACCCGGACGAAGCCACAGACGACCUAGCUCUACUCAUCCACCUCAACCCCAACUGCGGUUUCCAGUACCGCAACAGCUAUACAUACUGGACCUCAACGUCGAUCGUCGGCAAGGUCCUUGCGCCAACGUGCCUCGAAGUCGCCGGCUGGGUUGGCCCCGCAAGGCCAACUCCCCACCUCAAGCGGUCACAGAUAGCGCGAAUACGAUCUCGGCGGCCUCGGCAGCGCCUCAAGUCCGACGAUGUGACCUCGAUGUCCGAACGAUCCGACCCGCUGGGCCCUCCUACCGAGGUAUUCCCCGUAAAGGAGUAUGAGCUGGUGCACCCCGAAGUCGACGACAUCGUCGAUACCGUCCGCAUCGAGAUGUUCACGCUCAAGCCCUGCGCGGACAGGGCAGGGGAGCCAGGGCCGAAGUGGUUUGACGCCGCGAUCCAGUUCGCCAUCGACGGGGUCUCGUGGCCGCUGAGGCUGACGUACGACGUGAGCUUCAUCCACGCCUGGCCGUGCACGGACGGGCCGCACCCCUUGUUCUUCGACUACGCCCACCAGACGGUCAAGGUGGACGAGAUUAUCGAGAUCCGCGACUGGGCGGGGCUCUACGGGCCGAAGAGCAGGGCGAGGCUGGACGGUAACGGUUUUGACCAUGGUUCGCGCAGCGAGUCGGAGUCGCCGGCCGGAGAGGGCUCGUCGAAGGGCGUCCCCGCGACGAACGGCCACAUCAAUGGCAAUGGCUAUGACAGAGAGGACGACGACGAGAAGGUCUUGGUGAUCGAGGCUUUCGGUGUGCCCGACAACGAGGUCCUCGCGAGGGCCUGGUGUGCUCACUGGGGCAUGAGUGCGGUCGUUGCGGUGAUCGGAAAGACCUGCAUGGCAUGCGCCAUCCGGGAGGCCUAUGCUGCAGCGUUGACGGUUCUCAUCCUCGUGGACGACCAGAGCGCCGAGUACGACGACUGA